CUCUUGAUUUGGGGUUUUUUUUUGGUAAGUUUAAUUUUUUAUUUUGGUUUUUAUUUUUUAUUUUUUAGGUUUGAAGUUCAAUAGCAUUUCGUGUUUGUAACGAAAAAUGUGUAUAGAAAUCAUUGGAUGCUAUGCACAAACUGAACUUGGUCAUGGCUCCAAUGUCCAAAGGCUUGAAACUACAGCAACAUUUGAUCCUCAGACUGACGAAUUUGUCAUUCAUAGCCUCACAUUGACUUCAAGAAAAUGGUGGCCUGGUGGACUGGGUAAAGUAUCCACGCAUGCUGUGGUUUAUGCUCGUCUUAGAACAGAUGGACAAGAUUAUGGAGUGCAUGGUUUUAUUGUCCAGCUGCGUAGUCUGGAUGACCACUCUCCUCUUCCAGGCAUGACAGUUGGUGAUAUUGGAAUGAAAUUUGGAAGUGGGGCAUAUAACAGCAUGGACAAUGGUCUUCUAAGAUUUGAUCAUGUGCGCAUCCCGAGGAACAAAAUGCUAAUGCAUCUUUCCCAGGGUGCAAAAGAAGGGAAAUAUGUACAAUCUAAUGUUCCCCGCCAGCAGGUUUAUGGUACUAUGGUCUAUGUCCGACAAAUAAUUGUAUCCGAAGCUUCUUGUGCUUUGUCAAGGAAAGUUUGUAUUUCAACAAGGUACAGUGUUGUUCGUAGACAAUUUGGUACAGAGACCCAGGUGAUUAACCAUAAAGCUAAGCAAAGUAAACUCUUUCCUUUGCUUGCCUCUGCCUAUGCUUUCAGAUUUGUUGGUGAAUGGAUGAAAUGGCUAUACACUGAUGUGAGCAAAAGAUUGCAAGCUAAUGACUCAUAUAUAAAUGUAAAAAUUUUAUAA